UUUCUGCCAGGACCGGAAAGGAUGUUGGUGUAGAGGACAUCCACUACCAUGAGUUCCGGUACGUUGCCAAAACCUCAGAUGCGUGGUCUUCUGGCCAAGCGCCUGUGGGUUCACAUUGUUGGCGCAUUCGUUAUGGCCCUGGGAGUUGCCGCUUCCUAUAGGUUUGGCGUGGCUGAGCCCAGAAAGAAGGCAUAUGCAGAUUUCUACAGGCAUUAUGACUCCAGGAAGGACUUUGAAGAGAUGAGGAGGGCUGGUAUCUUCCAGAGUGUGAAGUGACUUCAGAAUGUACAGAAUUCUUUGGAUUGCACUCGAUAGAAGUUCAUUGCUGACCUGUGUUCCUGGACUAUGAAACAUGAAUAUGUGGGCUAAGGAGUAGUUUACUUCAAUAAACAAUUA